GAUGGUACCAUCGCACGCGAUCCACCACCAGGCUCCUCCAGUUACAAUUAUAUUAAAGCGCCGUUCGAUUUUCUUCGUCGACUUCUCCCGCGCGCGGCUGGGGAGAAACGUAUCAUCGAUUGGUCGGUCGGCCGAACGACGUGCGUACUUGAGAGGGUGAAGCGAAGGGUUGCUUGAUAAAGGGUAGAACGCGAUCAGAAUGCUGGCGACGAACAGUGCCUACGGUUGCCGCGAUUGCCACCCUUUCAUACCUGGUAGCGUGACGAGCAUCGCGACCAUCGGCAAUCUGGGUACGACACGUCCGAAAUUUUCUCCGAGAAUCACCGCCAAAUUGAAAACAUCACCCGGUAUAAGUUAUAGUUACACGGAUCCAGCGUGCAUCGCACGUAUGAAGCGCUUAAAGAACAGAAAAACAAAUGGGUCUUCAAAGUUGGAUUUAAGCAAGAGGAAACCCGCGGAUUAUAUGGAGCUGGCAUAUAGGGAAGCUAUCUCGAAACUGAAGUAUCUGUUAGCUGAAUCGUACGCUCCAACAGGAAUGUCUGGGAUAAAGCAGCGAAGUGUUCGGAGUAUAUACAAAAGCAGUAAUCCGCGAAUUAGUGAAUCUGGAGAGGACACAGAUGAUCAAAGUAUGAUUAGCGAUAGUUUCCGAAGAAAGGAUCUCUCCAGACACGCAGCUUUAAAUACCUUUCCACCUCUCUCGAAAACUAUUCAGUCGUCAAAGGCGUACAGUAAUAUAGCAUUGUCGAGAGCCGAUCUUCAAUCCAUUCCUCCGGAGUUGACGUCUUUCAUCGAACGGCAGGAGGAUUAUAUCGAACAACUGGAACGAGAAUCUCAAUACUGUAGAGAUGAGCUGAUCAAUCUGUUGAGUAAAGUUCGCGAGGUCGUAGCCGAAAACGAUGCGUUGCACAGCAGGAAUCAAGUUGCAUUGUCCAAAUGCGUUCUGCAAGACCAUAAAGAUCGCUGUGUGUCGAAUCACGAAUGUCACAAGCAGGGUGACACGGGCGAUCAUGCAGUUGCAGACAACGGCACACGGUUGGAAUGCAAACGGGAGAAAGCCUUGGAAGGACCCAGUAUAAUGUUCGAGUCGAGAAUUAGCGAGUUAGAGGCACAACUGACCCAGGCCAAACUGGAGUUACGAAAGGCGCAAGAGGAGAAUCAGGUGAAUUUGAAGCGUUUAUCCGAGGGUGGUUCAAGCGAGAGCAAUGCCGAAUUGAAGGCCGAAUUGGAUAAGGCUCUACGCGCCAAGUAUGAGGCUGAGAUGAAGCUGGAAGAAUCGCAGAAGCUGCUGUCGGUCGCGCGAGACAAAGAGACCGAGGCGACGCAUAGAGCGAGACGGUCUAUGGACGAUAGGCAUGAGAUCGAGUUUGAGAGGAACCAGAGCGAAAUGGAGAUUCGAAGAUUAAAGGACGAGCUGGAGAGGCAGCAUGAAAAGUUACGGGAGGCGGCCCAGGACGCGAACAGACGCAUCACCGAAGAGAGGCAGCAAGUGGAGCGUCGAUACAAUCAGCAAAUCGAGCAACUCACCGCUGACAUUGCGACGUAUUGGGAGACGACCAACAAAUCGCAAUUGGAAUCCGAGAAACAGCGGCGAGAGAUAAAUGAAUUGAGACGAGAAUUAUCUCAGAAACAAACCGCCAUGGACAAUUUGAAGAAAGAGCUGCAAAAUAAGAUAUCCACCUUGCAGAGUGAUUUGAAUCAAGCGUUAAGCGAGAAAGACGCGGCGGAGCAAGAAGUCUUGACCGGUAAACUGGCGGCUGAACGAAGCGACAGGCAGGCUCGUCAAGAGCAGAGCAGAUUCCAGGCAGAAAUAAAUUCGUACAAGCAGCGUCUGGAAAGAGCGGACGCCGAUUUGGUACAUUGCAGACGAGAAAAUCUACGACUGUCGGAGCAAAUAGCAUCUUUAGAAAAAGAGAUCAGUAUGAGUAAAAUUGUACGAUCCGAAGAGAAUCGUAGCGAAAUUACGCCUAGAUUGGAAAACGAGAAGGAAUUAACAUCCAUGAUAAUGAAUAUGGAGACUAAACAUGCUGCCACGGUGGCGGGCCUAGAAGACGCCCUGAGUAAUCAGGCCACGCUCGUCUCGAGAUUGACCGCCGAAUGCCAAUCUCUCACACAGCGUUUGGAAGCUAACAAUCUUAAACACAAGGAAGAAAUGGCCGACUUACAAAGCAACAUAGAACACUUGUCAAGUAAAAUACAAGGCAGCCUUGUAAGUCAUGCAGAAGGAAUUGCUAUGGAAGCUAACGAUGGUACUGGAGCUUUUCAUUAUAACGCUACGAUGGAUUCAGUAGUCUCGCCGCAUACGAACGGGUUACCAGUCAAUGCUCAAAUGGUACAUCAGGGAUACGAUACCGCAAGCAGUCAACAAGUAACGAGCGAAGAGUCAGAAAUGCAGUAUUCGAACGCGACGAAGAGAAAUGACCUACAGAUGCACGGCGACUUGUAUGCAGGUUUGUCGGGUGAUCAAAAUAACUUUGUAUCGAAUACAAUGGAAACCGCUGCAGGGAUGUAUCAGCAGCAAGGAGAAGCGAAUAACGAAGAAUACGCAGCGAACGGUUCAAACAUGGAAGCUUACAUGAUGGGGCAUGAUCAAAAUCAAUACGACGAAUAUGAUACUUCACAGUAUCCAGAAGAACAGUAUGUUAAUGGUAACCAGUUUAACGUGAUGACAGAUCAGACGGAAAAUAAUCAAUCUUCACGUAGCAACGGUUCUCGUUCACGAGGAUCUGAUUGUCAACCCGAGUGUGCGAGGUGCCCCCGAGAAGAACGAGAACGAGAGCGACAAAGAAGGAAAGUGAGCGAGCCGGAGGAAGAGAGGGAGAGAGAGACGGACAGAGAUAGAGGGAGAGAAAGCGAGAGGAAGGGAGAGAGAGAGAGAGAGAGAGAGAGAGAGUCUGCCCGCUGGUUGUCCGCUCCGUUGCUCCACACUUUCCUCCCACCCAAGUGGUAUCAAUGUUGUCUGGCAAUGGUGUGUAAGGAGAACGUGGUAUCAUGGUUUGGGAAUCUGUCCAGUUAUAAACGUAUCGAUGUAAUGUGCACAUUGCUGAACAUGUGCUUGCCGUUUGAAGUACGAUACCUCGGCACAUGCGUCGAGGAUAUCGGCAAGCGAGACUACAAUGACCUACGUGACACGGAACACCAUGCAAACAGCGCCUCGGAGCUGGCCGAGUUGACGACUUCCAGCGUGACAGAUAAACGCACGCGGAGAAAACUGGCUCUCUACAUGGCACUGUUGCACUCGUGCAAUUACGCCUGUGCGGUGAUCCUGUACAAGAAUCUGUCGAAUCUCGACCAUCAGGACAUCACCAAUCUGUUAAAUGGGACCAAUCUCUUUAACGUGGACGACCAACCUCUGGAAGAGUUGCUGCUGUUGUAUACGAUGGCACUGAAUCAUCCGGCCUUUACAUACGAACAGAAGAGCGUAUUCGGCAACAUAUUCAUCAAGCUGCAGGAAGAAGAAGCUCGUCUGAAUCUUUCAAAGAUAAACUCUUCUUUCAAACCGACACAAUUUAAAUUUAUGCAGAGCUGUACACCGUGCAUGAGUACGAACGAAAAAUUAAUGGAGCCUGAGAUACCGAGUAGCUGCUUAAUGCCGCCACCGCCAAUGCAAUCUUAUCAUGGAGAAAUGGGAAUGAGGAAUAAUGCUAUGGUCACCGGAGUACCACCUGGUCUCACGAUACCUCCACCAGGACUAUGCUUGCCUGGUCCAGAGCAAAUGCCUAUGGGAUCUGGCGGUACUACGCAAUACGUUCACCUCGGUUUCCCAUCCAUGAACCAUAUGCCCCCUUGGACAAGUCAGGUUAUGAUGGGAAACCAGUUGAUGUAUCACACCAGCGACGUGUUAGCUUAUCCCGCUUCCCCCUUAGUCAGUCGGCAAUCUUCGCCAUCCCAGUCACGAUCUCCUAGUCGCAGUAAUUCGCCGAUGGGCCGUGGCAGGACUAAUGCUAACUCGCGCGCCUCGUCCUCGCAAUCUAUCCAAUCCACUUCGACCAGUCUCACAUCGUCGAGCGUUUCAAAUAGUCAAACAAGCAGCUCCAUCGUUUCGAACACUAGUAAUAACAGCAGCAAUAACAACUCUUUACCGCCUCUACCAACGCCCGGUGCAAGCAGAAGUCUUCCUAGUCAAUCGCCGUCAUUACUCCCAUCAUCGCGGUCUGUUCCUCUGUCUAACACGAAUUCAUCGGGCUUCUCCCGACAUAACAUCGACAUGACAUCGUCGACUCCAUCGUCCUCCACUCUGAUCUCGGCAACCCAAUCGAAGCAACCACCACCACCGCCACGACUUAGGUCAUCCAAUUCUGGCGAUUCCCUUCGAGAGACUUUGGGUAAGGAGAUGCCGAAUUUUAAGGGUAAUCUGCAGAACUUCUCUCGCGAUGAGAUCAGAAGAAUGAGUGACGAAGAUUUAAGGGACAUCGGUUUGACACCGAAUGCGGUGGGGCAGUUGAGGAGUAUAGUCAAAAGUCAAACCAGCAAUGGCUUAAAUCAGUCGACUUCGACGGAUAAGAAGCUGGACAGCGUAAGCAGUACCUCACAUUCGCUCAGCGAAUCGAUUGAAAAUGAGGCAUCAGGUAUAGAGGGGUUGGGUGAUUCAAGCAGUAGUACAAGCGGGAAGUCGAUGCCAUUACAGGAACAACAUCCAACGAUGCACCAUUACCACAAUCACAUGACUACCCCAAACGUUCGACGUUAUCCUGGCAUGCCGUCGAUAGAUCCCACGCAAAUACAAAUGUAUCCUGCGCCACCACAAAUGUAUACAGCUCAGAAUUCACCAUGCUAUGCUUGUCUUACUGUACCAGUAGCUGGAAUGCAAAAUCGAUAUUCAAGAUGUAACGCUCAGCACGUCUAUUGCCUUGGACAACUACAAGCGUUGCGACUCGACUCCGAGAGCAGCCGGCAUUGUUCGCAAAGUAGUAGCUCCGAUAGCACAGGAAGUAGAUCGCCCCCCGAGACGCCACCGGCUGCACCGUGGGUCAGUAGCAGCGGUGGCGGUGAUAACAACGUUGCACCGUCUGUUACUGAUCACAUGAGUUCCGCGCCGCCGGUGCACUCGACGGCGACAGCGACGGCGCCGCCGCAUGUCGUGUCAUCAGCACCUCAGCAGUCGUCAAUGCAAUCAUCAGUGCCACCGGAGAGCAGGCAACUCAUCAGGAAGAACAGCUCGCAGACGCGCACGAUGCGACAAAAGAGUCAGGGAAUACUGAACGGGGCCGGUAACGGGAACGGUGGACCGCCAAGUCUAUCGCACUGUGUCUCCUUUCCGGCGCCGCCGACACACUCGCCGCAGCUCACGUAUCUGCCGCACGGCCACUUCCCAGCUGCGCUGCGGCCUAGCAGCGGUAUCUACUCCAACUUCUUACACGGACCGUCCGCACGGUCAGCCUACCAGCCAGCGUAUCAACCGAACGGCGAGAUUAUGUAUCCAUACACAGGUCAUCCCGCGUCCGGUAGCACUCCGCCGCCGCCACCGCCGCCGAACGCGGCUGCCGCGGCGCCAGUACAAGCAUCAUACAUGCCACCUACGCCGGUGGUAACGUACGCGGCGGCGGUGAUACCACAGACAAAGAUCUCCUGCUAUAAUUGCGGCAGUAACAGUCACCUCGCGAUAGACUGCAAGGAUCAGACGAUGGAAGACAUUACGAAGAAAGCCCAAUACCGAUUGGAUUACACGAUAAUGAAGCAGCCUGGGGAGUGCCCGAGUUCCGACAAGUGAUCCCCUGCCAUGGACCACUCUGCUAUCACUUGUCACAAUUCUCACCGCCACUAUAACCGCAACUAUUGCCAUCAUCGUCAUCACCAAUAUCACCAUCGCUAUCAUCACCGUUACCAUCACCAUCACCAGCACAUCUAUCGUAGUAAUCACCAGUAUGCUAAUGCGAACCGAUUUAAGGACAAGACUUUGCGAGAUGACAACCGUUACCGUUCCUCCUUUCACUUUUCGGUAUUCUUUCUAAAUGCCCUAUUCUACAACCAGGACGAUGAUGUCAACGAUACUAAUGCGAAUAAUGAUGCUGACAAUGACGGUGACGAUAACGAUAACACCGACGCCAAGUACGAAAAUGACAGCGACGAAAUUUUUCUAACUGAGAACAUUUCGCGGCUUAUGGUACGGGGUACAUCUUUUGCAAGUUCUUAUGUAUGAUAGUGAUUGAAAAGUGAUCUAACUAAAUGUAAAAAAUAUUAUGUAGUAGUAUUGUGUACAAAAAAAGAGCAAAAGCGAAGCAAGAUAUAAUUGAAAGACCGCGUCGAGAUACGGAACACAAUUUCUUGUAUAACUGUGUUUCUUUUACUGUAGGACACGUUUCGAGAGAUUUUUGGGUUUAAAUAGUGACUCAUGUCGCCUUCCAGCGAUACUUAUUGACUACACUUAUCGCUGUGACUCCCAUCUUGGCAGUGCUCCUAUUUUUCCUUCUCUAUAACCUUGAUUCUCUUAACGAGUAGCUAUAAGAGAAACGCAAAUGAAAAGGAUAAAGAAUGAAUCGUGCCCCAAAUAAGAAAGGAAGCGAAAAUUAUACGAGAUUCGAAUAUAUUUAGCAAUCGAUACUUUAAUUUCUAAUCUACCAUGUCUACGCUAUUACUAUUACUAUUAAACUAUAAUUAUUACUUCUACUAUCGCCGUUGCGCCACGACGUGUUUUUAUGUAUAUAUAUUUUUCUCAAUUCUUACGUGCGCAAUGAACCGAUAAUGACAUGUGAAAAAGAAAAAAAAGCGUGUAAUAUAUACGAAAUGGUAUACAGUAUGUGUGUUGUGCGGUGCGCGUGCAUGUGUUUAUGUAUGUGUGUACGCGCAAAGAAGAUAGAAUGCAAGAGGCAGAAAAAAAACAA